GUUGCAGUGCUGAUGGGCGAGGCAUAGGAGUUUUUCAGCUCGGUUACAUUUUAUUAAUACAGUUAACUAUUGAUUGUUGUUUUAGUUUUACUUUUAAGGCGUAGUUCUAAAUAAAUGUUACUCUACACUAUAGUUUUGGGUCUUAAAGUCCCUUCGGAAUGUCGAAAACGUGUUGUUACCAGUAAUGUCCAGUAGAGGAUGCUGUAGCCUAGUUCGUAACAAGCUGUGACUUUAAAAAACCGGAAAAGAAGAGGGUAAAAAAGUUUUGCUAGUCUCCUGUCAGUCAGUUCUUGAGGUUGAAUUAUCCUGCAGAUUAGAGGAAGAGGAGGAUGUGCUUCAUCUUUGUGAUUGAACUAGUAGGGCACGUUCGUCAGAAAACAGCUCAAGGCUUCCUAGCGGCACAACACGGACUUUACCAGCAUAAACACUUUGCAUCCCUUGGACAGCGGAGCGAGGAUUGCUACACUAUUUGGAGACGUUUCAAUGUGCCACCACCAUUCCCUGCGAGGACCACGUACUGCAGCCUACACCUGUAAAAUCCUGCGGCAGAUAAUACGGCCUAGUGGUAACAGUCAGCCUCAAGCUUGUUAAAUGAUCAACUAAUCCAAACGCUGUUGUAUAUUAAAUCCCAACCCCGUAAUACUCAGAAGUUCUUCAGUAGUUUUGACUGCUUGACUGAGGUAAGAUGAAUUUGGAGGAGUACUUUCAAAGGAUAGGCUUUCAUGGCCCUCAUGAUAAAGUGAAUCUUGCAUCUCUAAAGUUGAUCCACAAGCUGCACGUCAUGACGAUCCCUUUUGAAAACCUCAGCAUUCACUGCGGAGAAUGGGUCACCAUGGACCUGGAGGAUAUUUUUAAUAAGCUAGUGAGGAGCAGUCGUGGAGGCUGGUGCCUUGAAAGCAACUACCUGUUUGGAUGGGUGCUGAGAGAAAUGGGCUUCAAAGUCACCAUGUUGAGCUCAAAGGUUUUCAACAGUGUCCUCAACGACUUUGCGCCUGGUGAGGAUCAUCUCAUCUACCUGGUUGAAAUUGAUGGGAAGGUUUAUUUGGCUGAUGUAAGCUUUGGAGUGUCGUCUCAGAUCUGGGAGCCGCUGGAGCUCAUCUCCGGAAAGGACCAGCCGCAGGGAGCAGGGGUGUUUCGUCUUAUCAAUAAAGAGGACAUCUGGAUCCUGGAGAAGACAUGUAGGAAACCAGUGGUUGUUAAUCCAGAAUUUUCCAGUUCCAGCCUGGUGAACAAUGUGCAAACAUUUCAGAUCUACUGCUUCACCCUGGAGCCUCGAGGGGUUGAACAUUUCAAAGAAAGAAGCCACUUUCUUCAAACAAGUCCAACUUCUCUGUUCACCAAUAAGUCCAUAUGCUGCCAGCAAACACCAACAGGUUUUAAAGUCCUUGUUGGCCUUGUCUACAGUGUGGUCACAUACAAACCCGAGGAAGGGGUGGAUAUCUUGGACAUGAAAUACAUAACUGAGGAUGAGCUUGAUGAAGUCCUUAAGGAGCAGUUUAAUGUAAGGCUGCAGAAAAAAUGUAUGCCUUCAAACAAAAAAACAUGCUACAAACUCUAGAAAAUACCAAAUGACUUUUUAAUGUAGCUUUCAAACGCAUGGAUUGUGCUCAUUACAUGACUAACCAAAUACCAAAACUUGUCAAUGGACCAAGUCAAAUAAUUACAUUUAAUAAUAUAUGCAACCAAAUAUUUUUGCAUUUUAAUCAGAUGUUCAUCAUUUGCCUUUAUUCAAAAUAUAUUUGUAUAAUGCUGUUAUUUUUUUUAUCUUGUUAUUGUAAUUCAUUAUUUGCUGGUCUGCCUCAAAAUUCCCUCAGUUGUCUUCAAUGAAUAUAAAACACUGCAGCUAGAGUUCUCUCUAGAACCCACAAAUAUCGGUAUGUCACUCCUGUCUUCAAUUCACUGGCUACCUGUGGUUUUUAGAAGAUAUUAAAUGUUAUUGUUUGCUUUUAAAUCCAUGAAUGGUCUUUCUCAAUCAUAUAUUUUAGAGCUUCUUACCCCCUACACCUCUCCUCGCAGUCCUGAGAUUAUCUAAUCAACUUUUACUUUCCCCUCCCAGAGCUCGACUGAAGACAGAACAUGGACAGGCUUUUAUGGUCAGGGAUCUCUUCAAAGUCUUCUUUUAAAUUGCUGGAUAAAAUGUACUUUUAUAAUAUAGCAUUAAAUAGUUGAAUAUAUCUUUUUUAAAAUUUUAUAUGAUACCUAUUAUUACAUUUUUGUUGAUUUAAUUUGUUACAUUUCUUUGUGUCUUUUAUUAUGUUUUUAUUAAUUUCUGAAAGGUAAAGCAUUUUGUAAUUGUUGUUUGAAAAGGUGAUAUACAAUGAACUAUUAUGAAAGAUUUGUGGUGGUUUUUUUAAUGAUUAAAGAAAAAAUACAAGCUG